AAAGUUGCAUGGAAUCCGCUGUGCGUUGGAGUAUUGCCACACCCCUUCUUCGCAAAACAACCCCACCCACCUGCGCACUUGCCAGCCGACUGUUGUAGUUCCUCCCUUCCCGCCCACGACAGACUUGCUCCCAUUCAAACAGUCGCUCGCCGACACACGCAGGCAGCCAAGAGCUAGCAGCAGCGCGAACCCUAGCAGGGAGCAUCACCCCCUCCCCCUUUGCGUGUGCGUGCGCGUGUGUGGCGUAGUUUGUCACUGUCUCGUGGGGCAGUCGAUUGAGAGAGACUGCGAGCACCGCUGUGCACGCUGGUGUCUGUCCUGCCGUCUGCUUGUGACGAUCUGCGCGCACUGUGAGGACCACUUGGAGGAGACAACACAAGCGCCAGCAUCGCCAUGUUCUUGCAGGAGUGGUGCUUUCGCUCCAACACGCGAGUGUUUGCGGGGCUCGGCAACGCCAUUGCCACGCGCAAGUUCCUUGCGCCAUUGCUCUUCCUUCUCGGCGCCCUCAUCAUCGGUGGCUGCGUGCCCGGGCUCUUCCUCUUCUAUUCCGAGGAAAAUGAAAUCACCAAGCUCUAUGUGCAAGAAGGAUCUCGGCUGCAGGGCGAGCGUGAGCUGUUCAACCAGCACUUUGGCCUGUCCCGCCAACAGAUUGCACUCUACACCUCAGAUAGCAACAACGUCGCAACGUCUACCAGUUUUGACAGCAUCAUCCACACGCUGACGCCCAUCUUCAAGCAUGACGAGACAGACGCGUGUUUGUCCUUCGACGGCGACACAACAACUGCGCCCGCGCUGUGUGUUCAGCAGCCGUUUGCCUCAGAGUCCUUGUACUGCACAUGCAACAAGACGGCAGCCAGCGAGGACCAGCUGUCCAUCACAUGGCCUGGACGCAACGAGUCUGGCAGCCCCAUCGAUGUGACUAUCUACCAGAAGGACCUGUGUGAGACCCCGCCGGUGCCGUCUGUUCUCGCCCCAAGCACCCAAGAGUCUGUGCCGGCUGCGGAACCCGUUGCCCAGGAGAAGCCCGUCUACCAGGCCGCCCUUGCUGAGGCCCUCGCUGACGCCGACGCUGCGCUGAGUGGAGGGCAGGUGUACAGCAACACGGUCGAUCUCGACACGCUUGUAACCGUCAGCGAGACGGUAAUCCAGCAAUACGAGGCAAGCCAGAACAGGAGCGACCUGGUGACAGCGGGACUUGCUGCCUACGUUGAGCUCGCGGCGCAAGUCGGUGCCCCGGCCUCUAGCGCCAUCAACAGCUCCCUCGACACUGCUGCCCUUGAAAAGCUGUGGAGGGCAGUUGCCGUGGACUCAAACAGGACAGCAGCGGAACUGCAGGCCAUCUACACCAGUGUUGCCGGCGCUGACGGCCUCUCCCUUGUGGCUGCCUCCACGGUUGCCCAGCGUGGCGAGGAAGUAUUGACGAUUGCCGUGACCGUGUCUCGCGCGGUUGUGUCUGCGUUCAGCGCUGUGCAGUACUACUUUGCCCGCCAGCAAAACUUCAUCAGCUACGGCUACCAGGCCGUUGCCGCGUGUGUUGCAGAGUACACGCACGAAAACCGCGAGCGCAUGGAGGAGGUUGUGUUUGACGUUGUCAUCGCGCAGGGCGAGAGCGUGGAUCCGUUUCUCACGUCAAACACGUACGGGAUUGACCACUUUAGCGCCAACGGCACGGCAGCCGCCAGACAGUAUCUCGCACAGCAACUUGCGCAGGGCGUGACGCUGCAGACGAACACGACUGUGCAGGAGACGGCAUUUCUCCAGUACUUUUUCGCGGCCGACGCCUUCUACACCACCAUCAUCGACGCUGAGCGGACUGCAAACUGGAGCGCGACGGGUCUCGCUGCUGCCAAGAGCACUGCGUUCCAGCUGAUCCUGGCCAACCGCAGCAUCGACUCAAACGAUUAUCUCGACGCCAUCGGCACCGCAUACACCGCAAACGGCGGGUCGCUGUCGACCGUGUCUGAGAUUCGGCCUGUUGUGAGCACGGCGGCGAUUGAGCUGUACGACAUCUCCCAGCGCGCCAUCACAUACAUCAUCCAGGGCGUGAUUGCCUUUGCAGCAACGCCGGGUUUGCUCAUGGACUCCACCGCCACCGUUAACGGCACCCUCCGCCCGCUGCCCCGCUCGUGGGGCAUCGACAGGUUCCCUUGCUCGCGUGUGACGCCGGUUGAUCUGUUCCAGGAGGGCGGGUUCGACCUUCCGCUCAACAUGCGUUUCCUUGAGCGCAUCUCCGCCUCUGUCAGCGCUUUCUUCUCCCUCUCGUUCUACCAGCCGUUUGUGGAUGAAGCACAAUGCAUGGACAAGGCGUUCCUCACGCCACUGAAAGAAGCCAUCUACUUUGACUCGCUGCCGUCGCUGUCGUCGUACCAGGGCGCCAACUUUGAUGCCUUUGCUGCUGGAGAGGAUGCCUACCUCACCGCCAUCGGCAGUGGGCAAACCUCCACCGUUGCUGCCGGCGCUGCGCUGCAGGCGUUCGUGCUCGCAGGCGGAAGCAUCUACAACGACAGCGCGCCCACAACCGCAGAGGCCGUCCCUGCCGCGCUGCAGUCGCAGUUUGCGGGCGCUAUCGCCCGGGCUGCGGGCACGGCGUCGGUGCUGGAGACGGAGCUUGGCAACCGCAUCAAUCUGUUCCCUGGUCUCGGCUUCUGGUAUCGCCCGUCGUACGAAGCGCUGGCAGAGGAUGAGGUGCUCAGCACCACGCUCGCAGGCAUUGCCGCGACCAACAACGGCACAAUCACCAACACCAUGUGUAUCCUGGGCAACACGGACACGAGCGGCCAGGACCUUGGCGAGGACGUGCCUGCGUGUCUGCUCACGUGGUCCGGCACGAAGCAGCCGACACAGCUGGUGUACGGUGACGUGUCAGCCACCGCCGUGCGUGCAAGCAGGUCUGCUGCCAACCACUGGAACGAGCACUUGCCGCUGUACCGCCAGCGCAUGGAGGCCCUCCUCAACCGCGACGACCUCACAGACAAGGAGCUUGAGCGCAUUCACCGCACCUUUGAGUUGCGCAUGAUCGCAUACCUGGAGCCCCUGUAUAAGGCCGAGGCCGGGACCGGGUAUGCGUCGAACGAGCCCUUUGCCUCGGAGCACGUGGACUUCCAGACGGGGCGCUCGACGUCUGAUGUCGUGGACGAGGCGGGUGAGGCCGACAUUGAACUGCUCAUUGCCGCUGGCGUCGUGCUUGCUGCCUACAUUGCUUUCUCCAUCUACAACCUCUGGAGCUCCGUCUACUCCCAUGCGGCUCUUGCUGUGUGGGGCAUGCUUGUCGUUGGCGGCGCCAUCUUCGCUGCUCUGGGCCUCAGCCUCUACUUUGGCGUGACCUUCACCCCGGUGUCCACGAGUGUUGUGCCGUUCCUUGCGCUCGGCAUUGGCGUGGACGACAUGUUUGUGCUGCUGCGCGCAUAUGCGCGUGAGGUGAAGGACGGCAGCAAGGCCGAACACAUUAUGACGCGCGUUGUUGGCGAGGCGGGCCCAUCUGUCCUCUUCACCUCCUUCACCAACCUCGUUGCGUUCCUGAUUGCGUUUGCGGCGCCGGUUGAGGUUGUGCAGCUGUUUGCAUACCAGAUGGCCAUCAACGUUGUGCUCAACUUCCUCCUCCUCUUCCUCCUCUUCGUCCCCGCCAUGUACCUCGACUGUGUUCGAGUGCUUGCCUCCCGAUCCGACAUUGGCAUCCGCUGCUGCCACGACGACAAGCGGGCACGCGAGCCUUCGUUGCUGGACCGGUUUUUCCAGGGCCCGUAUUCCGACUUCCUCAUGGCCACGCCCACCCGCGUCAUCGUCAUCAUUGCGUUCGCCACCUGGUGUGGCCUCGCCGUCUGGCAAGGAUUCUUCCACACUGAAACGGGGCUGCGCAUCUCGGAUGUUGCCGAGGAGGGCACGUACCAGUACGACUUUGCAAGCUUGCUUGAGAGCGAGUUCCAGAUGUACUCGGGCUCUGUCGUCACCCGCUCGGAUGACUUCCCCGCCGCACAGCAGAACAUUCUGUAUGCGCUUGCUGCGCUGCAAGAGGCGGAGAGCGUGUCGGAUGUUCCUGCCAUCGGCAGCCUGUACUGGCUGCACAACUUCCUCGAGGAUGCUACCGGCAACGCAACACAGGUGCUGCCUGAGGAGGAGUUCUACCCUGCGUUUGCGUCGUGGCUUGCUGCUGGCGGCGUGAGCUACCUUGCCGACCUGUCGUGCAUUGAUGCGUCGACUGGCAUGACUGCGGACUGCUUUGACAUUGUUGGCGCCUUCGAUGACGAGCCUCGCGCCGGGUCAAACCCAAACAUCACCCUCAGCGUUGUGCGGGGCACAUUCUACCUGCAAGACCUGGCGGUGAACAGCGACUUUACGAGCGCGAUCCGUGAGACGCGUGCACAGCUGGAUCCUGUUGUUGACGCAUAUGCCAACCGCGGGAACGACACCAAGUACAACACAUACGCAACAGGCUACGUCCACUUCAUCUGGGAGCAGUACUUGCACAGCGAGGAGAACCUGUACCUGAUUGUGGGGCUGUGCGUGGUGGGCGUCUUCAUUGCGACGCUCGUGCUCCAGUUCAACCCGCUCGCCUCUGUCAUUCUCUGCGUCAUUGUCCUCAUGGCCGUCAUUGAGGUGUACGGCCUCCUCCCCAUCUGGGAUGUGCGCAACAACGCCUUCUCGCUCGUGAACUUGUGCCUGUCUGUGGGUAUGGGCAUUGAAUUUACUGCGCAUAUUACCCAUCAGUUUCUCGCAGAGCGCGGGGAGAGCCGCGUGCUGCGGGUACGCAACGCCCUUGGGUUCAUGGGCACAGCCAUGUUCCACGGUGCCGUGUCGUCCAUUCUGACCACGCUCUUCAUUGCCGGCUCAGACACAGGCUUCAUUCGCGAAUACUUCUUUGGCAUGUUCUUUGCGACGGUGGUGGUGUGCUCGCUCAACGGGAUGGUGCUGCUGCCUGUUGUGCUGUCGCUGAUUGGGCCGUCACCGAUCAACGUCGAGGACGAGCUUGGCGAUGAUGAUGGCGACAACACCGACGCCGGCGAUGAGUUUGAGACCAUGGCCACCAUGAGCAAGACCACCAUGACAAGCGUGGUGCCAACAACCACGUGGGGCGAUGACGAUGCAAGCAGCACGGCUGCGCGCAAGCCCUCUGCCCUGAUUGAUGCGCAGGUGACUGGUGGUGAUGGCUCUGGUGGUGCUCGCAAGCCGUCUGGGCUUGACGACCCGCCCGCCAUUCAGGAAACGCUCAUGUCGGUUGGCAACGACGAUGAUGACGAUCAAUGAUGAACACGUGUGUGUGUGUGUGUGAUCGUGUGUUUGUGUGUGAUCGUGACUCUGUGUGUGUGCGAAUGGAGUGUGACUAUGUGUGUGUGUAUGAACAUGUAGCGCGAGUGCUGUUGUGAGUGUAUCUGUGGGGAUGUGCACAUGUGUGAAUCGCUGUGGUUUUGAUUUGACACGACUGGUUGAUUCAUUGAUUGUCACGGUGAGCGUGUGGCAUGGAUGGGUGAGCCAUUUUGUACAUGCUUUUGUUUGGUUUCAACAUUUCCUUCCCAUUGAGUUGUGUGCACUCCUGAUGAUGAUAAUGGAUGGCACAAAGUGACAAACACG